AUGGCCGCAGCCACUCUCUUCGGGGCUGGCGUUGCACAUGGUAUCCGUCUGUACAACAACAACGCCGGCGGUAACGCCAUCGGACCCAAGCGCGAUCCCUUCAUUGAAGCCAACAACAAGAAGAUGGCUGAGAAAAAGGACAAGAAAAAGCCCGCUGCCGAGGACGACUGGGUCCCCAUUCUCAUUGACAGCUCGCCCGUCUGGGUCGGGAGCAUGCCUCGCCGCUCUCCCGACGACACGACCGGGUGCCCUAUUAACAAGGCAAUCGCCGACUUUGUCAAGGACAUGUGGGGCCGCGUCUUUAGCGGCAAGAAGGAUAAGUAG